AUGGCCUCCGCCUGCGUCAACAACAUCGGCAUGUCGCCGGAUAACUUCCCCGCCCCGUCUUACCCCACUUACGGCUGGCUCAGCCAAACCCGCCUCUCUUUCACCCCUAACGACGACUACUCCAUGUCCUUUACCACCACAUUCCAGAGGCAACCCCCGUCUCCUCCUCAGCAGCAGUCGAGGGACACCAGCCUCACCUCUCACCAGCCUCCGGAUCCGGAUCCAGAGCCGUCCGGCGGGGACUUCGAGUUCUGCCUUGAAGAUCCGGUGGCAAUGCUGCCCGCUGACGAGCUCUUCUCCAACGGGAAAUUCGUGCCGCUCCAGGUGUCACUGCUAAAGCCCUCUAUUAGGGUCGUGACCUCGAUGAAGCCGGUUGAGGGAGCUCCUAGGCCUAAAGAAGCAGUCUCAGAAGCAAAUGCCAAGGCCCCCGCCGAGUCCACUGCGUCUUGUAGGAACUCGACGUCGUCUUCAUCUUCGAACCCGAAAUCCUUCAAGAAUUUCCUCAACAGAGGCUCCAACGCCUCGAGCUCCUCGGAUUCCUCCCUCAACAUGCCCCUCCUCAGGGACUUGGAUUUUGAUUUCGUCAUGAUCUACUCCCGCUUGUCGUUGUCCUCUUCAUCUUUCGGAAGCCACGAGCACGAAGAAGUGUUCUGA